AGACUUUUUUCAAUUUCAAGACACCCCAUAAGAAAUGGCCAUUAGAAGGUCAAGCAAACCAUCUCAAACAGCAGUUUUGAAGCAAAUCCUCAAGAGAUGUUCAAGCUUAGGCAAGAAGAAUGGGUAUGAUGAUGAUGGACUCCCUCUUGAUGUCCCAAAAGGACAUUUUGCUGUCUAUGUUGGUGAGAACAGAAGUAGAUACAUUGUGCCAAUCUCAUUCUUGAGUCAUCCGGAGUUUCAAUGUCUCCUCAGAAGAGCAGAGGAAGAGUUUGGGUUUGAUCAUGAGAUGGGUAUCACCAUUCCUUGUGAAGAAGUUGUUUUUCGCUCCCUGACAUCCAUGCUUAGAUGAUUUAAGGAUUGAGAUUUUAGAGUGGAUUGAAUUGAAUCGAUGAAGAAGAAGAUGGUAGUCAAGAUGAAGCAGAUCUCUAUAGCUCAUCUUUUUUUUUUCACAUCUCUUCUUCAUGAAUCAUCAUUGUGAUCUUGUAUUCUCUCUUUUGAAGACCCAGUUGGGUUUUUAGUGAUUAAUCAUCACUAACUUGUGAACCCAUAAAGGAAAUUGUGUUAUAUGGGGUUUACAGCUAUUGUCUGUAUAGAAAAGGCUUGGUUUUCCUCAUAGAGAUGAAGCCACUAUGAGUCUAUGAGAGAUUAAUUUCAACUCUAAUAAAGCUCUCCAUUAAUCUCU